AUGGUCUACCUCGGGCUGCCUGCGGUGCGCUUGGCCGCGGUGGCCGCGAUCCUGGCAUCGGCCGCCUCGGUCGUCGCCGCCGCCUCCAACGUUCGCGACCUGACAAAGACCAAGGACUUUGACUCGACCGUCGGUGGCGCCCAGGGCGUGCUGGUCGAGUACUUUGCGCCCUGGUGCGGCCACUGCAAGAACCUGGCGCCCACCUAUGAAAAGGUCGCCGACGCCUUUGCCUCCAAGUCCGAUUCGGUCGUCAUUGCCAAGGUCGACGGCGACAAGAACCGCGACCUCAGCCAGCGCGCGGGCGUCAAGGGCUUCCCCACGCUCAAGUGGUACCCGCCGCACUCCAAGGACGGCGAGGCCUACGCCUCCGGGCGCGACCUCGACAGCAUCGUCAAGUUUGUCACCGAAAAGAGCGGCGCCGCCAGCAACAUCAAGCCUCCCCCGCCGCCCCCGCCGCCGACGGCGCUGCAGCUGACGAGCAGCAACUUUGACGAGAUCGUCCUCAACCCGAACAACGACGCCCUGGUCGAGUUCUAUGCGCCUUGGUGUGGCCACUGCAAGGCUCUUCACCCGACCUACCAGGAGGUGGCCACCGACUUUGCCGGAGACGAGAGCUGCGUCGUGGCCCAGUUCAACGCCGACGAGGAGGCGCACAAGGCCAUCGCCCAGCGCUACGGCAUCUCGUCGUUCCCCACGAUUCUCUUCUUCCCCAAGGGCGAGAACAAGCAGCCGGAGCCGUACAACCAGGGUCGCAGCCAGGACGACUUCCUCAAGUACCUCAACAACAAAUGCUCGACGGCGCGCCUCAAGGGCGGCUCGCUCAGCGACCUCGCCGGCCGCAUGCCUUCGCUCGACGGCAUCGCGGCGCGGUGGUACACGUCGCCCGCAGACGGGCGCUCGACGCUCUACCAGGAGCUGGUCAGCUUCAUCGAGUCGAUGAAGGGCAGCGACAAGUCGUCGCCCGAAAAGGAGGCGGCGGCCAGCUACUACGUCCGCGUCAUGGACAAGGCAGGCGAGAAUGCCAAGUUCAUCGAAAAGGAGACCAAGCGGCUGGCCGCGAUUCUCAAAAAGUACGCCGACGGCACCAGCAAGCUGACGCGGCAAAAGGUCGACGAGAUCAAGCGCAAGCACAACGUGCUCUCGGCUUUCACCAACGAGCGAAUCGCCGCGGUGGCCAACAAGAAGCUCGAGGACGCCAAGAAGGAGGCCGCAUCGGCCAAGGACGAGCUCUAG